GAACUUGGUUGACAUGUGGUUUCAACAAGAUGGCGCUACAUGCCACACAGCUCGCGAUUCUAUGGCCAUUUUGAGGGAAAACUUCGGACAACAAUUCAUCUCAAGAAAUGGACCCGUAAGUUGGCCACCAAGAUCAUGCGAUUUAACGCCUUUAGACUAUUUUUUGUGGGGCUACGUCAAGUCUAAAGUCUACAGAAAUAAGCCAGCAACUAUUCCAGCUUUGGAAGACAACAUUUCCGAAGAAAUUCGGGCUAUUCCGGCCGAAAUGCUCGAAAAAGUUGCCCAAAAUUGGACUUUCCGAAUGGACCACCUAAGACGCAGCCGCGGUCAACAUUUAAAUGAAAUUAUCUUCAAAAAGUAAAUGUCAUGAACCAAUCUAACGUUUCAAAUAAAGAACCGAUGAGAUUUUGCAAAUUUUAUGCGUUUUUUUUUAAAAAAAGUUAUCAAGCUCUUAAAAAAUCACUCUUUAUAAUUGCUUGCCCUUAGGGUUACAUAACCGUGAACCCCAGUGUGGGUGUUUCGCAUUAUAAUCACCUGCAGCAAGAAAGCACUCUCUCAGCAAGCUGAAGAAAUCUAUAAAUUGCUUUUUUGUUAUCGUGAAACGUCAGGGCCAAUAUACGGCGAACAAAGUAAUGUCACCUUGCUUUGUCUGCACGCAUAUUGAUGUUGCUUGCAGAUAAUUCUCAGCAGUUCCAGCUAAAGAAUGGUCUUUAAUGCGACUCCUUAGUAAGAUAGCAGUUCCACCAUGCGCCUUUCCAUCUGGAUGAUUCGUACUAUAGAAGGUAUAUCCCGAUACAUUAAAGUUGUAUUUGUUAAUUAGGUGAGUUUCUGCAAAAAGCAUUAUAUCAAUUUCCUUGUCGUUAAGAAAUUUUAAAAGCUCUAGUUUAUGGUGGGGUAUACCAUUUUCAUUCCAUAAAACAAUUCUAAGUGAGCUCAUUAUUUUGAACUUUGGUUGGCAAACAGUUGCAGCAGUGUGUUUUGAUUUCGCAUGAGUUCUUGCAUUGUGUUCAGCAUGAACGUUAUGAAGUUCGUCAUGCUCUGUUGCAUUGACGCUAUCAUUGCUUCGAUAUUCGAUAGCAUACCGGAUUGAAGCCCCUGCUGUUCUUGCGGCUCAAUAAGACUCGCUGUUACUGUAGUUGUUGGUUUUUCUGGGCCGCUUAUUAAAUAUUUCUAUAAUCUUGUUAUUUAUUUUUACCACAUCAAUUUUAUUUUUAGAAUCAUGCAGCUUACUUAAAUAAAUAUUUUCCGAUAUGUGCAGCAUAAAGUUACCUGGAAGUUCGAAAAUCUUUAUAUUAAAUAUUUGGGGACUCAGGGAAGUCUUAACUCGAGUCAACUCAUUUUUGAUACACAGAAAUAUUAUUGUCAGAAAAUGAGUGUCUCUGAAUUUUAAUGGUAUAUCUCACACAUUGAUAUUUUCGAUAAAAAGUCAACAGUAAAUACUUGGGUCCACAUAUUCGAUGCCUAUGGGCUUUAACAGCUUUCUUUGGAUUUGGACAACAUUUUGUCAUAAGGUGGCAUGCUUUAAAAGUGCUUAGUGCACAGUUUUAGCCCGAUCUAUAGAUUGCUUCCUGAUUAGUGAGCGGGAAAAAGAAAGAUUCGUUAUUGAUUUAUUGCGCUUUUAGUACUUUUGAACAAUACCGUUAUAUGGAGAGUGAGCGGGUUAAUCUUCCGAUUUAAUCAUUUUCACAUUGUAGGUAUUUCUUAGAAUAUUUCCUCUGAGCAAAUUUGGUUGUUGUAGCUUAGUUAGUUUAGAAGAUAUGUAAAUUAAACUUAUUAGAGGACGGGGUCCCACCCACUUUUUUGUUUUGCCCGCAAGAGCUCUUUACUACUGCGGACCUCCCUACCAAAUAAUAGUUUUAUAUUUUUAUUAAGUGCUUAGUUAUGGAACUUUAUAUGAUUUAUUGGCGUUAUUGAUAUCAUUCUUACUAACACUCUCACUUGAGAAAUAAAGGUCUCUCUCGACGAACAAAGACCAAGCUCUAUAAGUCACUCAUUAUUCCCGUUUUGCCAUAUGGUGCAGAAGCAUGGACGAUGACAACAUCUGACAUCGACGCUACGAGUCUUCGAGAGAAAGAUUCUGCCAAAGAUUUAUGGUCUUUUCGCGUUGGCCACGUCGAAUAUCGCAUUCGAUGGAACGAUGAGCCGUAUGAGAUAUAUGACGACAUUUAUAUAGAUCAGCGAAAUAAAAGAUAUCGGUUACGCUGGCUAGGUCAUGUCCUCCGAAUGGACAAAACGUCUUUAACCGCGUAAGCAGUUUCUACGCCAGUAAAGAAGAAGAAGAAUGUAAUAUAAACAUAUCUGUUAUUAUGACAUCAAUAUGUAAAAUGACACAUAUAGUCCGUCUCAACUGGAUUGGAUAUUUAGUUUUUAGAAUGUAAUAUGAACUUUUGUACUUUCAAUUCUACGGUUCUACGUACCGGAAUUUACCCGGAUUACACCCAGCGGUAAGUUUUAGUUUAAGUAGGUCGUCACUAGAGCAACGGCUUGCAGCAGGGUUGCUCCGUAUCCUUCUGACUAGGUGCUGGUAUUGAGGCCGACCCGGGCCUGGAGGAAUUUUUCUGCUGCGUCUGCGCUUGUCUAAAUAUUCGAUACCUAUGGCAUUGAACAGUUUUUAUUCAAUUUAAACAAUUUUUGGUCAUAAGGGGACACACACUAAAGACGUUAUUCGUUCAAAGUUUUAUACCGAUAUAUCAACUGCUUCUUGAUUUGUGUACUGGAAACUAAAUGAGUCAAGUGGAAUUUAAAAUUGUGCCAUAUAGGAAAGAGGCGUGGUUAUUGUCGUCUUCGCUCAUUUUCAUAACGGGACAUAGGAUUUUGAAAAGAAUGGUACGUACUAAGUUUUGUCGAAACAGGUUGGUCUGGUCCAGGGAUAAUGGAUUUCACCAAAAAGAAAUUAUUUUCUGUGCCUGGCGUAUUUAGUUAUUGAUUUAAUAGUACUUUUGGUAAUUUUUAAUAGUACCGUUAAACAGGGAGCGAAAGAGGUUAUCAUCCGAUUUCGAUUUUCGAGUUCUUACAAGAUUUGCACUCAGAAAAUCGUUAAAGAGAUAUACAUACAUAUUGUAUAUGUACAUUAAACUUGUUAGAGGGCGGGGCCACUCCCACUUUUUAAACAAUUUUUGCUCACAAGUGCCUCUUCCUUCUGCAAUCUUCUGUACUGUGGCAGCAUUAUAAAUAUGUAAAUUAUAUAUUGUGGUAACAUCAUAAAUCUGUAAAUUAUGUAUCUUAUUAUAAAUAAAAGAGUGUGGCAGCACGAUCUGCGGCCAUGUUGAAGAUAAAGAAGAACGAGUGCAGAUCAUUUAAAAAGAGCGUCCAACAUAAUAAAAUUGUUUAAAAUAUCAGAAGUGGUUGUAUUGCGCCCAAAAUGUCAUCAAACGAGGAUUCGCUUAGUUUAUACACAGUUGAACAAUUAAAAUCAUGGUUGCGUUCGCUCAAACAUAAAACAACAGGUAGUAAAGCCGAACUAAUUGUUCGCCUACAAAAAAUUCCUGAGGAGCUUCGUGGAAAUUUUCGAAACUCCAUGGUUGACGUUGACGCUGACGUUGACUGUACGCAAGCCAUCAUUGCGGAAAAAGAACAAGCUGAUGAAAUCAACGAAGGAGCGAGCAGUAUAAACAUCACCGAGGAGUGUGGUGAAUUUAGCAAUGGGAUUGUACCACAAUAUGACGCAAGUAAUCGAACGAGUGUUGAAAAGAAACAAAAAGAGUGUGAUGCAAACGAGUGGCGACUUUUAAAAAUCGAAUUAGAAUUGUUGAAGCGUGAGUGUGAACUAAAGAAGAUGGAAAAUGAACUUCUAAUGAGAGAAAAAGAACAGUUGAGAAAUAGUGAUAAUCAAACAAAAAACAUUUCCAAUAAGCAAAAGUUCGCAGAUGUUAAAGAACUUAUAUCUGAAUUUUCUGGUAGUGGUGAAUGCCUUAAGCUAUGGCAAGCACAACUAAAAAAUAUCCAGAGUGUUUACCAACUUGAUGAUAACAACCUAAGAGCAUUAAUUGCAAAUAAAUUAAAAGGCAAUGCGCUAAAGUGGUUACAUUCUCGAGAUGACUUGAUUUUAAUGCCAAUCGACAAGUUCUUAAAGGAAAUGAGCUCGCUGUUUGAAGAAAAAACAAGCAAUUUGAUGCUAAAGAAAAAGUUUGAAAUCAGGCAGUGGUUGACUACCGAAUCGUUUCGAGAAUAUUUCCAAGAAAAACUAAUUCUGGCAAAUAGAAUUCUAAUUGGUGAAGAUGAACUUGUAGAAUAUCUAAUUGAUGGUAUUCCGGAUAACACUUUACGUUCGCAAGCUAAAAUGCAACGAUUUCAUGACAAAUAUGAAUUGUUAGAAGCGUUUAGAAAUAUUCAAUUGCCACGAUAUAUAUCAAAGAAAAUGACAGCAGACAAUCAACAUGAGCAGUCGAAUAAUGGACAACAAACAACAAGAGUCGUGAGAUGCUACAAUUGCAACUCCGUUGGCCAUUUAGCAAGUGUAUGCCGAAAACCCAAACGAGAGCUUGGUGCUUGUCAUGUAUGCGCUGAAGUUGGCCAUUUAGCAGCAAAUUGUCCACAAAGGAAGAGCCGCCCUGUACAACAUGUCACAGAAUUGAUGGAAGGCGAUGAAUAUGAUCAUUAAUUGAUACGGGAAGCCCCAUUAGCUUUGUUCGCCAACAGUUCGUACCAGAUGUAGUAAUAAACAGAAAGAACAAUGUAUUUUUAAAAUAUAGUGGUAUAAACAAAAGUCCAUUAUCUAUUGUCGGAAAUGUAAACAGUUUUAUUUUUUUCAAAAAUAAAAGAAUUGAAUUAACGAUGUUAGUUGUAACAAAUGAAACAAUGACUCAUCCAAUUAUUUUAGGAAGAGACUUUUUAAGUAAAUCUAAUUUAAAAUUAGAAUGUAAAGAAAUAGAUUCGAAUUUCAAAGUCGAAAAUAACACAUAUGAUGAAGAGUGUCAAAGAUUAAUGAAAAUUGAAUUUGAUAACACUAAAUUUUCUGUGAAUUACAAUGAAGUAUUGAAAACUGAAGCAAAAACUCCUAAUGUUUAUAUAAAAAAUGAUAAUGUAAGUGUCUAUGCAAAACAAAAAUUUCUGCAAAUAUUUCAAGAUUAUUAUAUGUGCUGUAAGCGCCCCGAUACGCCAAAAAUUAGAUGUGAGAUGAAACUGUUGUUGAGUACAGAAAAACCUUUUAAUUGUCCUCCAAGAAGACUGUCAUACAGUGAAAAACAACAAGUUAGGGUUGUUUUAGAUGACUUAAUGCAAACCAAGAUAAUUAGGCCGAGUAAGUCAGAAUAUUCUUCCCCCAUUGUUUUAGUAAGGAAAAAAACAGGUGAUAUAAGGUUAUGUGUGGAUUUUCGUAGUUUGAAUAAGAUAACAUUGAAAGAUAACUAUCCCUUGCCUCUUAUUGAUGAUCUGUUAGAUAGACUAGCAAAUAAAUGCAUUUUUUCGUUAUUGGAUUUAAAGAGUGCGUUCUAUCACGUAGAUAUGGUUGAAGAUUCGAUUAAAUACACUUCUUUUGUAACACCGAUGGGGCAGUACGAGUUUUUGAAAAUGCCUUUCGGUCUGAAAAAUGCACCUUCAACAUUCCAGCGGUUUGUUAGCCAUGUUUUCGAUGAUCUGAUUCGAGCAGAGAAAAUUGCUAUUUAUUUAGACGAUAUCAUGAUAGCUACAAGUAAUGAAGAAGAACAUUUAGACAUUUUGCAGGAAGUUUUUAAUAAGUUAGUACAAAACAAAUUGGAAUUGAGGUUAGAUAAAUGCCGAUUUAUGGAGUCAGAAAUACGCUAUUUAGGAUAUAACAUUUCGAGUAAAGGUAUUCUACCGGAUGAAAAGAAUGUAGAAGCUAUAGUGAAUUUUCCUAUACCCAGUAACACAAAAGCUGUACACAGUUUUUUGGGCUUAUGCUCAUACUUUAGAAGAUUCGUUAAAGAUUUUUCGCGAGAAGCUCAGCCUCUGUACAAACUAAUAAAAAAGAAUGUUAAAUUUACAUUUGGGGAAGACGAGUUACAGUGUUUUGAGAAACUUAAAAAUAAAUUAAUUGGGUCUCCUAUCUUAGCGAUUUACGACCCAAGAGAUGAUACAGAGCUGCAUUGCGAUGCCAGCUCUCGGGGAUUUGGUGCAAUAUUAUUACAAAAAAAGAGUGACGACAAAUUUCACCCAGUCUUUUAUUUUUCGAAACGUACCAGCGAGCCCGAAUCUAAAUACCACAGCUUUGAGCUGGAAACACUUGCAAUUAUUUAUGCACUUCGGAGAUUUCGGGUAUAUCUUCAAGGAUUGAAAUUUAAGAUAGUCACUGAUUGCAAUUCACUCAUGCUAACUUUAAAUAAGAAGGAAGUAAAUCCAAGAAUAGCCAGGUGGGCACUCGAAUUGCAAAAUUUUCAAUAUGUUCUCGAACACCGUAAUGGAAAUAGAAUGCUCCAUGUGGACGCACUUAGUCGCACUUCAAAUAUCUUAGUUCUUGAAGAAAAUACGUUUGAGCAAAAUCUGUCAAUUUGCCAAAAUCGAGAUAGGAAAAUUAUUGAAAUCCGGGGGGAAUUGGAAAACAAGGAAAAUGGUGUUUUUGAAAUGCGGAAUGGCUUAGUUUAUAGAAAAAACGGACAAAAUAUACUAUUUUAUAUACCAAAUGAGAUGGAAGAACAUUUAUUGAGAAAGUAUCACGAUGAAAUGGGUCAUAUGGGAAGUGAUAAAGUUUUCAGUGCUAUAAUAAAGUCAUAUUGGUUUCCCAAAAUGAAGGAGAAAAUUAAACAAUAUAUCUCAAAUUGCCUAAAGUGUAUUGCCUUUUCCUCGAAGAGUGGGAAACAUGAGGGCCUCUUACAUAAUAUACCCAAAGGAAACGUACCUUUCGAAACUGUUCAUGUGGAUCACUUCGGUCCAGUGUCAUUUAAACAUUCUAAGAAAAAAUAUGUAUUUUUGGUAAUAGAUGGGUUCACUAAAUUUGUUAAGUUAUAUGCGGUGUGUUCAGCAGGCACCAGGGAGGUCAUGAGCUGUUUAAAAUUGUAUUUUAGUAGUUACAGUCGUCCAAAGGUAUUGAUAUCUGAUCGAGGCAGUGCGUUUACAUCAAAAGAUUUUGAAAAUUUUUUGAAAACAAAUAACGUAAAACAUGUAAAAAUUGCGACAGGAUCGCCACAAGCCAAUGGACAGGUGGAGCGCGUUAAUCGUAGUCUUGCUCCAAUGAUAGCAAAAUUAACCAGCGGUGGCUUUAAUUUCAGCUUAGACAAAACUUUACCGGACAUAGAGUAUGCUUUAAACAAUACGAUGCAUCGAAGUAUAGGCACAACUCCAAGCGAACUACUUUUUGGAGUUUCACAAAGGGGAACUGUCGUUGACUUUCUCAGAGAAAGACUAGAAGAAAAUGAUUUGAAUAAUAAUGAACGUAACUUAGCAGAUAUUAGGGAUAAGGCAGCAGAAAAUAUUUCAAA